UGUGUGUUUUUGCGCGGACUGUGUGGAUCGAUCUCUCUCCUUUCUCGGCCGACGAAAAUGGGAUCGGGGAAGCGAGAAGGUAGAAAUAGGUUGGAGGAAGGCGUGAGAUUGGUGCUCUCUGGUUGGGAUGGGCUUCAGCUGGCGGUGCAGAAUCAGUGGGGUGGCUCCGAUUCCGUCCAGAAAUUCCAUCACCUCUCUUCUCAUCUCAUCUCUUCCCUCUCCAAAUCCUCCGCACCUGUUCGUCUCGAGGAUCUGGAAAGUCUGCUCCACGAAUCCAUGUUGCUCACUUUUAAUACCGACAUAGAAGAUGGCAGCAUUGAAGAGGUAGCAGAACAGUUGGUAAUCAUCCACGAAGAAUACCUGCACAGCCAAUUAUUUUAUUAAUCUCUGUGAGAAAUUUCCAAUAAUGAUCUCAAAGGUUGCAAGUAAUGAAAGUAAGAUUUUGCUGAAUGAGGAUAUUGAUGACAACGAAAUUAAGAGACUUUCAGCUCAAAUUCAUAUCUAGGAGAUUGCUCAGUGAUUCAAAAAUUUGUUAAUAAUAUAUAUGAGUAGACUUUUGUAUUUAACAACUAAAUGGUAGGAUAAAUUUAUUUAAUUAGUAAAAGAAAAAAACGUGAAGUGUUAUGGGCCCACGAAGACUCGCUUGCUCUCUUGUUUUUUCCUUGUUAAAUUGAUCCUCUGUUUAGUUAUUGUUCUCAUUUUUUUCAAUUCACUAACAGCUUAAUGUUACAGUUAUUAUUUCA